AUGGCACCACUUCGAGCCGUCUUGAGCUUCCUUCUCGCGACACUAGCGGUAGCUUCUCCGACAACCGUCGAACGCAGACAAGAGCUCAUCACAGCUCAAACGAUCAAUCAAGAUGUCCUAAACAUUCAUGCUGGCGUCCAAAGCCUUCGCACACACGUUGCUACCUAUGACGGAUCUCUACUCUCUGAGACGCCUUUGCUGGGCGACUUCACGGCAAUUCACCUCGCCAAUCGAAAGGGUUUCGCAGACGCGAAUUUGAGACAAACCCCCUUCGACGCUCAAGAGUCCACCAGCAUUGUUCAGACAGUAAUCGACACUGUAGGGGAGAGCAUUCCGGCGGCGGUGGAAGAGGCCAAGGCCAAGAAGCCACUGUUCGACCAGAAUGGACAAAGUCCAAUCAUUGUUGGGACGCUGAAGGUGUUGUUGGAUGACCAUGAUACGUUUUCAGCUGCAGUUGCAAAGAGUCUAUCAGCGGAUCAAGUCCGUGCUCAGGCGGUGGUAGCGAAGAUCCAUAAUGCAAUUCAGAGCGGCAUUGACUAUUUCAGCGCGUGAGAGGUCUCUAUAAAAGAUAGCAUCGAUCUGAAAUGAGCAGCAUGAUCGUCUUUUUCCGAUUUCACAUUGCUUCCAGGAACUACGAUUUACCGUCGACCUUGAUUGCAGAUUUUGUGGUCCUGUUUCUCCACGGCUCGGCACCAAUUUCUCUGCCGAAGACAAUCGGCAGGCGGUCUAUGGAAAGAGACACUGCAUCUUGAAGCGAGCACGAGUGUAGUUGGGUCUGGUCCGAUCUCUGAAUUGCUCAAGAAGACUUCUUCAUCCCUAUGGUCGGCACGCAGAAGUGGACCGAAAUCCGUUCAAGACACGAAACGUGGAGUUUACAAGCCACCACGAACGUCGACGUUGGCAUCCUUGAGGAUGUUUUACGGGCCUUAUGUUAAGCAUGUAUGGCCGGUCUCUCGGCAACCUUCAACUCUUCGAGAUUCCAGAAUUGGCCUUUGCACCACCAUCCUUUGCCUGUCUUACGUGCUUCGAGCUCCGCAUUUUGCAGGUAUACCCUAUGAUCGAGGUAGACGAAAAUGGUCCGAGGGGCUGUUUCUGGCGGUCGUGAACAUGUGGCUAGACUCCGGUUGAAGGAAUUCCCAACCAAGGGAGUGCUUGCGAGUAUCUGUUCGCCUCACCCGUGCGACGUGUCACAUCUUAAACAUCGUAAUGGCGAUCCAAGCACAGACGACUCGAUGGACAAAGUGUGCCAUGCGCACGUGGUAAUAAGUCGGUUCUUUGUACAUACAUACCAGUGAUCGUGCGAUCAGAUAGCAGUCUCACGUCCGUAGUGAGGUUUCACCAGGUAGGAGAAAUAUAUAGCACAAUAGCACAUGGUGCUAUGGACGUGCACACCAGAAAAUGCAGUGCAUGAAUCGCCGAGCAGGUUUUGUAGAUCGAUCAUCGAGCCUCGCCAUCAUGAUUAUGAGGACGAGCGGUAGAUUCCGGGAU